AUGCAAAGAAAUACUUUUGAAGUCUUAGGAGACAGAGCACCCCAGCCAUGUGCUAUAGGUGACGCCCAUGGAGUUGCGAUGGCAUUUAUGAAUCCAGGGACAACAGUUUCGCCUCUUCCUUUUCGUCAUCCAGCCCUUCUUGACAAUGAAGUUAGAAUCAAUGUAACUCAUGCUGGCUGCUGCCACACUGAUAUUUUUAUGUCAACUCAGGCCUGGUUCCCUGGUGGCUGCUUUCCUCUUGUUCCUGGGCACGAAAUAGUUGGAGUUGUUGAUAAAGUUGGGGAAAAAGUAUCAAAAUUUCAGCCUGGCGAUAAAGUAGGGUUUGGGACUAUUCGAGACUGCUGCGAAGAAUAUGAUAGCUGUCUCCAGUGCCGAACAGGAUUCGAUAAUCUGUGCCCUAAAAAGGUGACUACAUAUGAUCCUCAUUUUGGAGGUUAUGCAACAUCAUUUCAAGCCAAAGGAAGCUUUUUCUUUAAGCUCGAUGAGAGUUUUCCUGGAGAGGCAGCACCAAUGUUUUGCGCAGGGUUGACAGUGUUUGCUCCACUUCAUCGAGACGUAGUUUCUGGAAUGAGAGUUGGAGUGAUUGGAAUUGGAGGCUUACUUCCUCCUUAUCGAAUAUACAAUAAUAGAAAAACACUUAUUAAAUUCCUCUUUAAGAAAAAAAAUUUGUAUAAGUUAAUAUUUAAUCUACAAUUAAUACUAUUAUAAUUAACUCUCCAGCUUUUUUACCAUUUUAAGCUUAUACUCUACAAUAUAUAUAGAAAUUGCCCCACACGGGAAUUGAACCCUCGUGUGGAACCAUUUUUGGUACUUGGAAGUCAAGAUUCUCCACAUACAAAUAAUGGCUUCACACGUGGGUUCAAUUCCCGUGUGGGGCAAUUUCUAUAUUCAUUUAAAUAUUUUUUCAAAAUAAGAUUAACCCUUUUGGGAAAAAAAUAACUUCAUUAUAGAUAAUGGAGUUUAGGGCAUCUGGCCAUUAAGUUUGCAAAUUCUAUGGGAACUGAGGUUACAGCAAUUUCUACGAGCAAUAAUAAGCAAGCUGAUGCUAGAGAGUUUGGAGCUCAUCAUUUUAUUAACUUGAGAGAUGAGGCCCAGAUGAAAAAUGCAAUGGGAAGCUUAGAUUAUAUCAUUAAUACUGCCACAAGUUAUGAUAUUACUCAGUGCUGCUCAUUGCUUAGACCAAGAGGCGUUCUUCACUUAUGUGGAGCUCCAAGUUCAAAUGAAAAUUUGAACUUUAAUCUGUUCCUAUACUUUUAA